UGCACUGAGCCAGCCUGACCCCCCCGCUCCCCUUCCCUACAGCGGGCACUGCCCCCAUGUUCCCUGCCCCCGGCGGCGCUGGGGAGCCCUGGCAGCCGCCGCCCUCGCUCUGGAGGCUGGUGGAGGAGCAGGUGGUGCCGAGCGAGAAGCCCGAGGUGAAGAGCAUCCUGGGGGCGGAAGUGGUGGAGCGCAGCUUGGAGCUGCAUGCGGAGGUGGAGACCCUGGUGGAGCUGUGGCGGGAGGAGCGCUUGGCCUGCACUGGGCUGGAUCAGUGCCCCCCGCAGGGAGCUGGGGGCUGGGCUCUCCUGACAGCCCCCCCACACCUCAAAGAGUUGGUGAGACAGGAGCUCCGGCUGCUGCUCCUCAGCCUCCAGCAGAAGGCGUCCCAGGAGGGCAGGGACACAGGUGGGGCCAUCGCUAAGUACAGCCCCUACGUGGUCAGCUUUGCCCUUGGGCCGCAUGCUGGAGGGGAGUGUGCAGGACAGGACAGGUCCCUGGCUGGGAGCUCCAGCACCAGCCCAGGCCCCAGGCUCGUCCACUGCCUGGAGCCCCUCAAGGACAAGCUGAGCAUCUCCCGCAUCCACCAGGUGCAGGCCCAUCUCCGGGCCCUGCUGGAGGAGGAGUGUCAUGCCCUGGAGAGACACAUCUGCCACCUCCAGCGCUGCCUGGAGGAGGAACACCGGGCAGCCGCGGGACCAGUGCAGCUGGCACAGGAGCCAACGAUGGCUGAGCUGCAGGAGCAGAGACGAGCCAUGAAGAGGGACCUGCAGCUGGGCCAGUUGGACCCCAGGACUGGCCUCUCCCAGGAGGUCCAGCGCCCUGAACCUGCAGCCCCACAACAGCCCAGCUGCCCUGUGGGUGUGAGGAGCCCCGCACCAGUCUGCGUGUCCCCCCGCCUGGCACCGGCUGCUCCGUCCCUGUCGGGCUGCAGAGAACCAGCACCGCGAGCCCUGGGCAGUGCGCAGGGCCGAGUGCCCCCCGCCGUGUGCAUCUGCUCUCUGGGUGGCCUGGCUGGGGAGCUCCAUGGAGGGGCUGCGACCCCCGGCUGGGCCCAUGGCCAAGGCCAGAUGGACAGUGAUGCUGAGCACCAGGACCUGGCCACACCAUCACCCCGGGGAGCUGGGGUCCCUCCUGCAAGCCCAGCCUGCAGCCGCCUGGUGCCCCUGCGAGCAGCACCAGUGCCCAGCCUAGCCUUCCUCCCCUCACCACCCCCAGAGCAGCGCCCACCCCUGCGUCCCCUCUCUGGCCACCGCCUGAGGCUGCUGGGCUGCCCGGCACCCAGCUAGGGCAGGGAGCCUCGCCCCGUCCGCCCUGAGGCAUGGGGAGGGAAGCCUGGGGCAGCCUGGCAUGGGGAGGGGGUCCUGCCCCAGCUCCAGCACUAGUUCCUGCCCUGCUGGGUCCCUCUAUCACCAGCUCGGCCUUGCUCUGCCCUGGAGGCAACCCACCUGCCAGGGCAUCUUGGGAGGCAGAGCCUGAGCUGAGCACUGGGCCUGGCCUGCAAUGCCCCCUCCUGGCUGCCUCCUGCCAUGGUGCGUGGGGAGCCAUGCAGCGUGCACUGGCCUAGUGGUCAGGUGGGGGAGGGGCACAGGUACCAUGUGCCCAGGGGGUGGGGGGCAGGAGGCGGCCUGGGGCCGGGGCACUUCUCCGUGAUCCUGCCUCUGGGGGGAUGGGCCCUUGUAGCCGGAGGCAGGUGCUGGGUCUCCUAACCCCAGGCUGGCACUGUGCCCUCUCUGCAGGGCCCUCUGCUCUCAGCCACCCUGGGCAGGACCCACAUAGCUGGCCUCACCCCCCACCCCCGGCAUGAGGCUAGGAGCUGGGACCUGCUGUGGGCCUGCCGGGUGCCUCUGCCCAGCGCCAGCGAGUUGCAAGGCCAGGUUUCAGGGCAGGGCCUGGUGGCUGGAAGUGGGGCCUGAGGAAUCGUCGAGCUCCUGGCUGCCCUGGGCCAGGCCGUGCCGUGGGGGCGGGGUACCAGGGUCUCUCAGGCGUGCCUCUCCCCCAAAGAAAGGCAGCCAGCACACGGACGCAGGAAUAUAAAUUUCAUUAAAAUCUAUCAGACUUUAAAA